GCAUGCAUUUUCUAAAUUUUCUUACUUUGAUACCUUGGUGGUGGUGGUAUUGCAGAGGAGAGGAAAAUGUUCCAAUAUUAUCUUGAGCUUCUUGAACUCUUCGCAAUGAUCCAUACUGACAAUAUAAAGAUUCUCAACGCAUUGAUUGACGCCAAAGAUGGUCUUAAUAAGCCGCUUUUCCAAGUCUCCACCCAGCAACGGGUUGGCGUUGAAGCGUUGGUGAAGAAAAAUGUGUUACUACUGAUAUCAGCCGACUUGGACAUCAUCAACAAAGAAGAGAUCGAGAUUCUGGUUGAGAAGUACAAGAAUACAAAGCAAGUCGGAUGUCAGUACGAAGUGGUUAUUCUCUCAGUAGGGGAGACUACAAAAUCCAAACGGGAAGACUUUGAGAAGUUUCUGAAUGAGAAAAAGUUGCCGUGGUACUUGGUGCACAAUGAUUACAAGAUCAACAAGGCGGUGAUUAAGUACAUAAAAGAGGUGUGGCACUUCAACAACAAGCCCAUCCUUGUGGUGUUGGACCCAAAGGCCAAGGUCAUCACCCAGAAUGCCUUCGCCAAUAUAAGAGUCUGGGGAGGCACUGACCUCUCUAUCACCACCAAGACUGAAGCAGAGCUCUGGAAUGAAACCAGCUGGGGAGUUGAACUCUUGCUUCAAACCAUUGACGAAACCAAACUCCAAUGGAUAAAGGAAAAUGAACGAUUCAUUUGUCUGUAUGGAGGAGAAGACAUCGAAUGGAUCAGGAAAUUCACGACGGCUAAACAAGAGGUGGAGAGUAAAGCCAACAAUAUCCAAUUCGAGAUGGUGUACAUCGGGGCAAGAAACCUAACGAAGCAAGUGAAGGAAAAUAUCGAAAUCAUCACGAAAGAAAAGCUGAGCAAUUCGUUGUCGGCAGAGGUGAUGUCCAAAUUCUGGGUUCGGCUGGAGAGCAUGUGGCAAUCAAGGAUGCAGGUGAUCAACAAGAGUUCCAUGGAGGAGGAUCAAAUAAUGAAGGAGAUCAAGACAAUGUUCACCUACGAUGGCAGCGAGAAAUCUGGUUGGGGGCUGAUCAGUAAGGGAUCCACCAACAUGGUUAAAGCCAAGGGAGAAAUAAUCUUGAACUGCUUCAAGCAGUACGAAUCAUGGAAGCAAACCUUUGGCCUGAAGGAUUUUAUGGAGGUAGUCACUGAUUACGUGAAAAACCAGGAAAUCAAGCUUCACUGUAAUCGCCUCAUCUUACCGGUCACCAUCGGUAGGAUUCCGGAGGAGAUGCCUUGUGAGAUUUGUCAAUGCGCUAUGGACAAGUUUGUCAUGUACACCUGCUGUAAAGAUUAG